AAUUCUGCACAACAGAUGGCGCCACUUUAGAAUAUCAAAGAAAUGGCCGAUGAAAACUAUUAAUGGUUUUCGAAGUUACUAUAAUGGCAGAAAAGAAACCAAGAAAGAGUAUUUUGAAAACUUCGUCUAGUUUUGAUCAAACUGAAGCUUCGAAGAAUGCUAUUAAUAAGCCAAUUAAAUGGGAUGAAAUGAAUAUUUUACAAACAUUGCAUCCUUUGGAUAAAGAUUAUGGAUACAUGAAAGUAGAUGAACCUAAAACACCAUUUAGUUAUUAUGAUGAUAGUGUUGAUCUUUCAGAUCAGGAAGCUGAAACACUUGAUCCUGAAUUGUUAGCAAGAAAGAUAAAUUUAUCUAAAGAGUCACCAAGAAAAUGUCCAGAUGAUAAAAAUAAUGAUGAAGUUGAGGAGAGUUUGGGAGAUAGAGUUAAAUCCAAAGUAUUUGAAUAUAAAAGAAAACUUCAUUAUAAUGAAUAUUAUGCUGUGAAGCUUGCAAGAAAACUCAUGGCAGAAGAGGAUGAUGACGAUGAUGAUGAUUCUGAUGAAGAUGAAGAUGAAAUUAAUAAUUCAGAUAAGAAUCAAAUAAAUAAUCAGUAUAGCAUAUGAUGUCAUUUUCAUUGUUCAAAUUAUAUGCAAGAAAAUAUUUAUAUUUCAGUUUUAAAAAUUCUUGCUAUACUGCUACACAGUAUUCUUCCUAUGGAAAUCAUAUUUAGUCAUAGAAUUAAACAGUUGAAAUAUAUUUUAAAAAAUUAAUUGCUCAUAAAUAUCA